AUGGCCCGUUCUAAUGCUCGCUCUCAGAAGGCGCCGCGAGCCCCUCGAGCUGAACAUAGGCAAUCCCAGCGCUCUCAUAGACCACGCGAUCCUGUGCAUGAGGAUGACCAAGAUGACGGUGAAGACGUCGAUAUGGACGAAGAUCAGGAUGGCGAUGGGGAGGAGGGCGAUGGCGACCAGGCUUUGAAACGCGCGACACAUGCACUUGUCCGCCUGGCUCUGUUCAACGAGCACAAGCGCCUACCACUUCGGCGCGACGAAAUCUCGAAAAAAGGCUGCGACUGUUUUGCAGCUGCUGCCACGGGCACCAAAACCUUCAUCGUACGCUCUGUCCUGAACCAAAGGCUUCUCGACCAGGCUUCUAUCGUUCAUGAAGAUAUUCUAGAGGAGGAAGCAGUGGAUGGGCCCUCUGACGACGAGGAGGACGACUCAGGAAGCCGCUCGGGAACCAUCAUCUCUUGGGCCCAGGCAGACCAAGUUGGUCCUCUGGGGAUUCUUUAUACCAUACUUUCACUAGUCCUUGUGAACGGGCGCGUCGUGGGUGAUCAGGAUCUACGUACCCAGUUGCGCCGACUCGGACUGACCGCCGGCGGGAAGAUCCGAUUCUCCGCCCUCUCGACUCAUCGGGAGAUGACUCUCGAUGAAUACCUGACUCUCAUCGUACGACAGGGCUAUCUGGAGCGCAUUCAGGUCGGCGAAACAGGGAAGAAGAGCAAAGGCAAGCGAGGACGGGUAACUCAGGAUGAAGAAUCCGGCCAGGCUUAUGAGUGGCGCUGGGGUCCUCGUGCCCAUGGUGAAGUCGGAGAGAAAGCGAUCGCAGCAUUUGUCGCUCGAGUCAUGGUCCAGGGGCCUGCCAGUGCAGAGGACGAAGACGAAGACGGACCGAGUCCCCAGCAGGCAAACAAGUUGGAGAAGAUGGUGAAGGGAGUCGAGCGUGCGGCCGGUGGCAAUUUGGCCGACGUUUCAUAG